UUUCCUGAACAAAACUUAAAAAAUAUAUAUGUGAAUAAAGAGAGAAACACAGGCAUCAAUCAUCUCUCUUUCUGUGCUUUCCUCAACUUCUUCUUCUUCAGAUCUCUCUGCCAACAUAUAACAAACUGAGACUGCUUCAGUUGAAAAAUAUAUAUGGGCACACGCAGGUCAAAUAAAAUCUUGAUCUUGCUGUCAGUUUUCGUACUUUUCAUUUGCAGCACAGAGGCAGCAUCCUUUCAACCAGUCAAGUUUUCCAACUUUACUUCUAAUACGGAUUCGAAGUACUUCAAGCUUGACGGGGAUCGGACUAGUAUCGAUGGUGGAGCUCUUCAGUUAACGUAUGAUUCCAUCAACAAUGGGGAGUCUGAUAAUUUCUUCAACAACUCGGGUCGCAUCAUGUAUUAUCAGCCUUUCAGGAUCCACAAUGGUGAUGAUGGAGGUGAAAUGUUGGCUUCCUUCACCUCAACUUUUGUCAUUAAUCUCUUUCGGCAACCAGAGUGGGAGCCUGGUCAUGGCCUUGCUUUUCUCAUAGCCCCCAAUUACAGCUUACCCGGAUCAAGUUAUGGUCGUUGGCUUGGCCUCACUAAUAGUUCCACAGAUGGCAGCAGUGAAAACUAUUUUGUAGCCAUUGAAUUUGAUACUAGAAAGCAGGAAUUCGACCCGGAUGGAAAUCAUCUUGGUCUCAACAUCAACUCUGUCAUAUCAAACAAGUCUGUUCCUCUCGAUCCCUAUAACAUCACUCUAUCUCCAAACGAUACAAGUAACUAUAGGGUCUGGGUCCAAUAUGAUGGAGCAUCCAAAUUGCUGCAAGUGUACAUGUUGAAGGUGCCAGAUGUAGACUUUGAUCUCCCCAAACCAUCCGAACCACUUCUCAACGCGACCAUAAACCUGAAGGAAUAUUUGAAAGCAGAGUCCUACUUUGGUUUUUCUGCUUCAACAGGUGAUCCAUACAUUCAGUUGAACUGUGUACGAGCAUGGACAUUAGACAUAGAUGUUGUUCCCAAGAAAAAAGAUUGGAAAUGGCUGAUUAUUACUGCCUGUGUUGGUGUUCCUGUGCUGAUAAUACUUUUAAUGUGCAUAGUGGUUUACAUGAAGAAGGUAAGGAAGGCAAAAGUGGAAGAGUCCCAUGAGUUUGGAAGAUUGAAAUGGUUGCCCGGAAUGCCAAGGGAAUUUAAGUACAAGGAAUUAAAGAAGGCGACCAACAAUUUUCAUGAGAGUAUGAGGCUUGGAGAAGGUGGAUUUGGAAUUGUUUACAAAGGCAUCAUUCAUGAGAAGGAUCAUGAUCAAAGUCCUACUGAAGUUGCAGUCAAGAAAUUCUCCAGAGAUAACAUCAAAAGCAAAGGGGAUUUUUUAGCUGAGCUCGCCAUCAUCCAUCGUCUUCGCCAUAAACAUCUUGUCCGCUUAGUUGGAUGGUGCCACGAGAAAGGGAAGCUUCUAUUAGUAUACGAUUUCAUGCCAAAUGGGAGUGUGGAGAAAUACUUAUACGGGAAUUCCGAGCAGACAACGCUGACUUGGAGUCAUAGAUACAAAAUACUAGCAGGGGUUUCAUCAGCUUUAUAUUACCUGCACAAUGAGUAUGACCAAAAGGUGGUGCAUCGUGACCUUAAGGCAAGCAACAUCUUGCUUGAUGUUGAGUACAAUGCUCGGCUGGGUGAUUUCGGUCUUGCUAGAGCCAUCGAGAAUGAGAGAAACUCCUAUGCAGAUGUGGGAUUAGACGGAGUUCCAGGCACCAAGGGUUACGUGGCUCCGGAAUGUUUCCAUACAGGGAAGGCCACCACAGAAUCUGAUGUGUUUGGCUUUGGAGCAGUGGUGCUUGAGGUGGUGUGUGGCAGAAUGCCGGGGGUCAUGAUCCCUGCCCAAGAAGUUUCUUAUACCUUAGUUGAUUGGGUCUGGAUGUUGCACCGCGAAGGGCGCAUUCUGGAUGCUGUUGAUAAACAGCUGAACAAUGAUUUUGUAGAAGAUGAAGCCAGGAGGGCUUUACUUCUGGGAUUGGCAUGUUCACAUCCCAUAGCCGGUGAAAGACCUAAAACAGAGGAUAUAUUGCAGAUCAUAACUGGAACUUUGCCAGUCCCUGAUGUUCCUCCAUUCAAGCCCUUCUUCACAUGGCCUUCUAUGGAUCCUUCUUUCAGCAUAAGUAGUAUACUUACUGGCAUCUCAUUGUCUUCUAAAGAUUCUAAUACGAUAAGUGAUGUAUCCCAAUCACAGGAGGUUACACCUCGUCUCCCAGUUUGAAUCUUUCAAGCUUCUCCAGCUGUGUAGCAUGCUUUUGCUAGAACUAUGCUUGUAGUAUUUGUAAUAGAGGAGAAUUCUUCUGUAAUUUGCUGAGGAAUUCCAGGAAUUAAUCUAAUGUAUCUAUUUUCAAACAGUUGGUUUACAUCCCCUUUUUAGACAGGAAA